AUGGCGCAGCAGGUCCGCGAGGCGCUGGCGGAGUUCGAGGCCAGGGCCACCUUCUUCCUCUGCUCGGACUUCGUGGCGGGUCACGAGGGGGCGCUGGAGGCCCUGCUGCUGGACGGGCACGAGGUGGCCAACCACUGCCGCGCGGACCGCUCCUACGCGGACGACGCGCAGGAGGACUUCGAGUCCGCCCUGCUGGAGGCCGAGGGCGUCUGCGAGUCCCUGCGCGCCCGCGCGCGGCCGCAGCAGGGCGCCGGCGGCGCCGGGGAGGCCGCGGCACCCCGGUGGUUCCGCGCCCCGCACGGCAGCCUGAGCCCAGCGAUGCGGCACGUGCUGAACCGCCACGGGUUCACCCACGUCCUGACCGACUGCUACGCCAACGACCCGUGGAUUUCGGACCCGGAGUUCAUCGCGGAGGUCAUGCUCUCGCGCGUCAUGGGCGGCUCCGUGGCAGUGAUCCACAUUGGAGGGGGGAAACAGGGGCUUCCGCGAGCACAACCUCCACGCCCUCCGCGGCUUCCUCUCCGGGCUCCGACAGCGCGGCUUCCGGGCCGUCACCCUGAGCGCGCUGCACCGGGCCGCGUCGAGCGCCGUGCGUCCUCCCUCCCCGCGGCGCGGCGGCAGGGCGCCGCCCGCGAGCGCCUGGGUGGAGGCCUCGCUGUCCACGCCGCACAUCGAGACCGGCCCGCAGGAGAAGACGGACAACGACGGCAACACCUGGAGGGUCUCGUUCCACAAGGCCUGCUGGAGUGCCGUCAGCGCGGUGGGGCACCGCCGCCACCUGGACACGAUGUUCCCCGCGACCGUGUGCUACUAUCGAGGCGUACCCUGGCGUGCGCGGACGCAUCGCCCUGA